GGGUGGCAGCAGUGAGGGGGAGGAGCUGCACGGGACAGCCCUGGGGUCGGCGCCCUCCUGUAGCCCUGAAAUAGGGUUUGGUUCCCUACCCCAGCUGUGGCUCUGGGCUGUGGGAGACGUUGGCCAGAGCUGGGUUGGGACCCAACCUACUCCCACUCUGGACUCUGCCCAGGAAUUCCUGCGGAAGUGAGAAGAAGGGCCAAAGGGAAAGAAGAGUGGACAAGCUUGUCCCCACAGAAACGUGCUCUUCUGUCUUUCCCCAAGAGCCACCUACUAACCACAGAUCUCUGGAAGGUCUGGCACAUGGAGAACGAUAGGCCAAGCCGAAGAGAGUCCGUCCCCCUCAAACCCUCGGCCAACAGUCCAGAGAAUGUGGGAUCUGAUACCUUGGAAAGCAUGGAGGAAGGACGGCUGCCUGACAAGGACUCGAGCCCCACAGAGGCCGGGGACAGCCGGAGUGAGGCAGGGCCAGAGCCCCUCUCCACCUGGAGAAUCCUGCGGCCGGCCCAGAGAGCGAGACGCUUCUGCAGGGAGCACAAGCAGCUGAUUCGAUGGAUCUGCAUAGGCCUGCUCUGUACUGGGUACGCUGUCUUCCUGCUGGUUGCCUGCAUCCGGAAUUUCCAGAGGGCCCUGGGGCUGUUCGUGCUCACCUGUGUGGUCCUCGCCUUCCUGGCCUACAGGCUGCUGAAGAGGCUUCUGGCGCCAAAGCUGAGGAGGCAUAAGAACCCUCACGGCCACCCCUGCCUGAAUCUCUGUGCUAAGAGGGGCCUAGCUCUUGCGGCUCUCCUGUUCCUGGUCCUGUGGCUGUCUCUGGACACCUCCCGGCGGCCUGAGCAGCUGGUGUCCUUCGCAGGAAUGUGUGUGUUCAUCGCUGUUCUCUUUGCCUGCUCGAAGCAUCACUGCGCAGUGUCCUGGCGGGCCGUGUCCUGGGGCCUUGUGCUGCAGUUUGCCCUUGGACUCUUUGUCAUCAGAACAGAACCUGGAUUUGUUGCAUUCCAGUGGCUGGGAGACCAGAUCCAGACCUUCCUGAGCUACACCAGGGCUGGCUCCACUUUCGUGUUCGGGAACAAUCUGGUUGACGAUGUCUUUGCUUUUAAGGUUCUGCCCAUCAUUGUUUUCUUCAGCUGUGUCAUGUCUGUUCUCUACUACUUGGGCCUCAUGCAGUGGGUGAUCCUGAAGCUUGCCUGGCUGAUGCAGGUCACCAUGGGCACGAGUGCCAUUGAGACCCUCAGUGCGGCUGGAAACAUCUUUCUGAGCCAGACAGAGACUCCUCUACUAAUCCGGCCCUACUUGGCAGACAUGACACUCUCUGAAAUCCACGUCAUCCUGACUGCAGGCUUCUCCACCAUUGCUGGCAGCCUGCUGGGUGCCUAUAUCUCUUUUGGGAUCGAUGCCGCCUCAUUGGUUGCUGCAUCUGUGAUGGCUGCCCCUUGUGCUUUGGCCCUCUCCAAGCUGGUCUACCCGGAGGUGGAGAAGUCCAAGUUUAAGAGUGAGGAAGGAGUGAAACUGACCUAUGGAGAUGCUCGGAACCUCAUAGAAGCAGUCAGCAGUGGAGCCACCAUCUCAGUGAAAGUGGUCAGUAACAUUAUUGCCAACCUGAUUGCGUACCUCGCUUUGCUGGCCUUCAUCAACUCUGUCCUCUCCUGGCUGGGAAACAUGGUGGACGUCGACGGGCUCAGCUUCCAGCUCAUCUGCUCCUAUAUCCUGCGGCCUGUGGCCUUCCUGAUGGGCGUCUCCUGGGAGGACUGCCCUGUGGUGGCUGAGCUGCUGGGGAUCAAGCUGUUUGUGAACGAGUUUGUGGCCUAUCAGGAACUGUCCAAGUACAAGCAGCACCGCCUGGCAGGGGCUGAUGCGUGGGCUGGCACCAGGAAGCAAUGGAUCUCUGUCAGAGCAGAAAUCCUCACAACCUUUGCCCUCUGUGGGUUCGCCAACUUCAGCUCCAUUGGGAUCGUGUUGGGAAGCCUGACCUCCAUGGUCCCCCUACGGAGGAGCGACAUCUCCCGGAUCGUGCUCCGGGCACUCUUCACAGGCACCUGCGUGACCCUGGUGAACGCCUGUGUAGCUGGGAUCCUCUACGUGCCCAGGGUGGCCAAGGUCGACUGCACGUCCCUGCUAAACACGACCCUCAGCAGCAGUAGCUUUGAGGUGUACCAGUGCUGCUUCGAGUUCUUCCAGAGUGAUGGCCUGGAGUUUGGCCCAAAGGCCCUGAGCAACUGCUGUCAGUUUUACAACAGGACGGUCUGUGCAUAGCGGGGACGGACAUCCUCUUGCCUUCUGUGGGCUGUUCUUCCCCAGGAAGCACCUGUCCCCAUCUUUCCCUUCUAGGCCUCUCCUUAUGGAAGCCACAGGGCUUAGAGCCUCAGUCCCACAGUUGGGAAUGAAAGCAGCCACCUUGCUGAAGUGACAGGAAACUACCUAAUCCCACAAUUUCCAACAGUGUGUGCCUAUCAGUCAUGAACUGUCUCCCUGCUCUGUCUCUGCCUGUCUGGCAGGCACCCUGCAGGGACUCCUGUGCUCACAGCCACCUGGAAGGGCCCAGCGGACAGAAAGGGAGAGCAGAACUUUCUCUUUGUAUCGCCAGAAUCUGCUUUUUGAUUUUGUGUUACAGCCUCCAGGUGUUCCCAGGAAGCCCCUGGAGGGACAGCAGGGGGCAGCUCCAGGCCUCAGUUUCCUGCCCCAAACCAUAUCUCUGGCAAAAUCACAUCCCCUGCGAUGAGCCUGACUACAGCCCAGAGAUAACCGGGUCUCCAGGAACAUAAAAAGCAGGAAAGAUGGGCAAGCUGACAUUGCAGACUCCAGCUCAUUACUCCAUAGCCACUUCUGUUUUAAUUGACAGCAGUAACCAAUUUUUUUCUUUUUCUUUGUCCCCAUAAAAUCUUCAGGCCACUUGGCCUGGCUGGUGACACCCCAUGUCUUUCUUUGGGAUGCCAGACCGUCUCCCUGUUCUCCCUGCUUUCCCUCUCUCACUUUCCUCCAAGAAGAUAAAAUAACCUUUUUAUUUUUAUAUAUCCUAACAGCAGUGUGGGAAAUCUUUCUCCAUCUGCACCGUGAGGUCCCUGGCCUCCACCCAUGGUAUGCUAAAAAUACUAAUAUUAUCUUAAAAUCUAUAUUGAAGGCUUUAUGACAUCAAAUUCCAAUGACUAAAAAUGUCUCACCAUUCAGUUCACACAAAAAUGAACAUUUAUUUAGCAUGCCACUGCACUGGGCAAUAUAAGUAUGAAUCUAUUUGGGGGCCCCCAACACAAGGCAAUGGUCUGCCACUGUGGCAGAAUAUGUGACACAGGGACUCUUAGAAGUAGGCACUGUGGAUAGCAGAAAAGCAGGGUGCUGCCUUGGGAGGCUUACAAGACUCCUACGUGAAUUCCAGGACACCGAGCCCACCGCAAAAAGGCCUGUAAGACACAUACAGGCAUUUUACUUAAAGGGCUACUUUAAUAAUCUGAAAGUAUAAUACUAGUUAAUACACAAUAACCAAUGUUAGAUUUGGGUCAAAAACUGAAAGCUUGAAAGUUAAAGUUGCCACAUUCAACUUAGCCUAGAUAAUGCUUUUUUUCCCCCUAAGCUAGUUAGGUAGGCUUAAUGCACAAGCUUUACACUGAUACUAAGAGCAGCCUGGGUUAACAGCCUACCACAAGUUUCUUCAAAGAUUCUACAGGAGAAGGAAUUCAAUUUAUGAUAAUUACAACAAAGAUGAGUUUUCACAUAGUGUAUGAGAGGAGAGGGGAAAUCACAUCAAUUCUGUUAGGCAACACUGAAAAGGACUUUCUCUUUCAUAUGGAAAAAAUAUCUUGACAACUGCUAGAAACUUAAAACAGAAAGUAGAUCAAGCUCUAUCCCUCCAACUUCCCAGGUUUAACAUUCCUCAGAAAGCAAGAAAAAUCAAGAAAAUCUUGCAAAUUAAGUCUAUUAAAAAUUGGUGGUGAGAGGCAUGAUUUUCAACAAUCUGCAGCCAUGCACACUAGGUUUUUUAUUUUUUAGUAGUUUAAUAAAACAUAAACCUACACAUGAGUUUGAGCUUUACAAUUUAAAAUCGGAGAACUGGAAAGCUGCUGUGUGCCUUAACGAACCAAUUUUUCCUUUUUCGCUUUCUUUUAGAACACUUUAAGAAAGACUAAGCCCAGAAACUUUGACAAAACAUAAGCCAAGGCAAUAUGCGCUGGAGAUCACGCACAAUUAAAAACAAGUGAUAGUAACAGUCACAAAAUGUCCCAGUAAGAGUGCUUAAUAAAAGGCUUCUUUCUGCUCAACGCUUCAAA